AUGCAGCCUGUGCCUGGUCCUGUACCAGAGGGUCCUGAGCCCAUGAUCCAGGAUGAUCGGCCAGGCACUCCACCCCGCCCACCUUAUUCACCAGUGACACCGGUCUUCGCCCAACUCGACCCUGUCGCGUCCAGCAACGCAACCAUAGUACCACCCCCUUCGUCACCGUCGCCGACAAGUCGCAUACCAGAAUUCUCUGGUUACCAAGCUCCGCGACCGCCAGCAACUCCAGCCGUCUUCAAGCCCGAACCGCCACCCGUCCCUAUCUCCGAGAGCGAGAAUCCAGAUGCGAUCGCACUCCGUUCCGCCAUAUCGAUUUUGCAGAUGCAAAAACAGCAAGGUCAUCGCGAUCUGAUCACUUUGGAACGCAUGAAACAAGCCGCUGUGGCGGAUCCCGAGGGUUUUGCGCGCGAGUUGGCAGCCGGGCGAUUGCGCACUGAAGAUCGCGGGGCUGUGAUUCAGUUUACAGACGAGGCAGAAGAUGACGACAUGGAGACAGAACAUGAUAGCAAAGACCGAACCAAGCAAAAAGGUGACAAAUCGCCUACUUCGAAGUUUGGCCGCAUACCACCGGCACAGAAUAUUGUUCGAACGCCGCCCAUCAACUGGGCUAAGUACCAGGUAAUUGGAGAACCGUUAGAUCGCAUGCAUGCGGAGCAACUGCGUCGGCCCUACGCUGGAGAUCCGAGACGAGCUCCUGCUCCAGAUUAUGUGUUGGCAUCGCCCUAUCGCCCUUUGGUUGAUCAUUUGGAUCCUCCCGCACGGCUGGCCCGGCCUAGCAAGACCAAGAAGUCAUGA